AGUUCCACCGUGAUCAUGCGCAAUGAAGCAAAAUUAAAGAACUCGAAACAUUUGGUGAAAUUUGUUCAUUUGUAAAUCUAAAGAUCUAGUCAUGAUGAGCGCGAUCAGCAGGUAGUUGGUUUAGAUUUGACAUGACAUCUUCAAAUCCAGCCGGAAGAAAGCCGGCUCUGUGCCGUUUCUUCGUGAAUACUGGGAACUGUGUUUACGGGGAUGAGUGUCAGUUUCUCCACCAGAACCCAGGAAUGGGAUUUCAAAAACCGUUUUCAAACGGACCAUUGCAUUCUUCAGAAAAUCAUGGGUUACCAGAUUCGUUAGGAAACAAUGGAGACCAGUACUUCAAUGCUACGUUUGGGGGAGAAUCAACUGUGCCAGAGUUUAACCCCUUUUCUAGGCCCCCUAUGGGCCGGCCUGGCAGGGGGAUGAUUGGACCCUCUGGUCCUGGACCAAACUUUGGUCCUAACAAUCCCCGCAUGGACCUGGCCGCUGGGGAAGGGAGACUUGACUGUCCUCCAGGGGGACCUAUGAGGAUGGACAACUUUAGGUCAGAUAAUCCAAGAAUGGAUCAUGGAUUAGCUUCAGACUUCGCAGCUUUAAAUCUGCAGAUUCCAAACACCACAAAGGGACCAAACCCUAUUGCCAAUGAGUUCAUCCCAAAGUCCUCCAGUCUCAGUCACAGUGCCAGUUCUCCAAACUUCUCCACCAUCAAUGGGAACGGAUACAUCCCCCCUCAUUCUAAUGGGCCACCCCCACCUCCCCCAAUGAUGAUAUCUGGGCAGCCUGAAAACCACAGUGUGGUAGCUGGGGCACCACCAAACAGUAUGAUGAUGUCAAACACUCCUCCACCACAUCUAGUGCCUACCAGUGGCGUCAGCCUUGCUACAACCAGUCCAAGUCACAGUCCUCAUCUGUCUCCCUCCAACUCGCCCCUGAUGAUGCGACGGACAGCCUCGCCCAUCGCCCCCCUCAAGCAAACCACCACUCCCAAGAAAUCAAACAACACCACCAUUCAGGAGAAUGUUGGUGGCACCACAUACUUUUACUCCCCUGAUGACUUCAAUCCCCAGCAUGAGGCCACUCAACUGCCAAACUUCUCCAUGUUCCCCAGUCUGCCACCCCACAUUGCUCAUUUAACUGUCAAAAAGAACAUGCCACAGUUCUUUAUGCCAGAUGAACUUAAAAUGGACAUCUUAAACAGGCAUGCUUUAACAAUGGCACAACUAGACACAACUCAAACCACAGAUAUUCCUGCAGAAGUGGACAACUAUCAUAAUCUGUUCCCCCUGGAGCCCCCGUUGGCUAACCCAAUGCAGAAAUCCAACACGUUUGGGUACCCCACCACCUGUUACAAGGCAGUCAACACAAAGGACGGCCUCACCUACUGCUUACGCAGGGUUCACGGUUUUCGAUUGUCCAACACAAAGUGUAUGAGCAUCAUUGACAUGUGGAAGAAGAUGUACCACCCUAACAUAGUCCAGCUGAGGGAGGUCUUCACCACAAAAGCCUUUGGAGACAAUUCUAUAGUAUUUGUGUACGACUUUUUCCCGGGAGCAGAAACAGUUUUGUUAAAGCAUUUCAGUGGACCUGGAGGGAUGAAUGGCUAUACCAACGCCUUUAACAUGGAGGGUGGCAGUUCAUCUAGGUCCUACAACUCUAGCAACAAAGGUCUGAAUGGACCGAGACAACACGCUGGACUACUUCCAGAGAGUAUGAUUUGGGCUUACGUAGUCCAGCUUAGCUCCGCCUUGCGCGCCAUUCACGCUGCUGGUCUGGCCUUUAGAACGAUGGACCCCAGCAAAAUCUUAAUCUACAGCAAAUCAAGGAUAAGGUUGAACUGUGUGGGUAUCCUGGAUGUGUUGACAUUUGACAGUCAGGGAAACCCACCUUCUGCUAUCCAACACUAUCAGCAAGAAGACUUGGUGUACCUGGGUAAGGUGGUGCUGGCCCUGGCCUGUAACACGGUGAUGGCCAUCAAGCGAGACAACUUCCAGAACUCAAUGGAACUCAUCGCCAGGAACUACUCAGCUGACCUGAAGAACUUUUUCCUAUACUUGUUAACCAAUCAGACUCGGCCUCGAAGCAUUAAUGACAUCAUGCCAAUGAUAGGGGCUCGUUUUUAUACUCAGCUGGACUCGGCUCAACUCAGGAGUGAUGUCAUUGAAAAUGAACUGACAAAGGAAGUGGAGAAUGGACGCUUGUUUCGACUUUUAGCAAAACUGGGAACUAUCAACGAGAGACCAGAAUACAACCUUGACAUGCAGUGGUCAGAGACAGGGGACCGCUACAUGCUGAAGCUGUUCAGGGAUUACCUGUUUCACCAGGUGGAUCAGACAGGUGCUCCAUGGAUAGACAUGGCCCACAUUGUUCAGUGCCUCAAUAAGUUGGACUCUGGAUCCCCUGAGAGGAUUUGUUUGACAUCUCGUGAUGAACAGAGCGUGUUGGUCGUGUCCUAUGCUGAACUCAAGCAGAACUAUGAGCGAGCUUUCAGUGAGCUGCUAUCAUCCAGUCAGAGUCACUCCACAUUUACGUAGCCACAGGGAAGAAUCGAUCUGUGUUAAUUAAAUUUAAAGUUUACUGUUGCUAAUCUCAUGACCCUUUAAGUCUUACGUUUUUUGUGCAAAAUGUGCUGGUCAGUAUUGAACCAAAGGGACACUCAUUCCUUAAUGAAAGGACAUGAUAUUAAUCUGAUCAAAGUUUUAUAAUUGUGUAAGUUGCAAUAUAUUGACAUGAGAUCUCGCUUUGAAUGCCCAAAUGUUCUGAGUUUGUUGUGUACUGUAGCCAUGUUACCAAGUAUUUUAAUGUUCUCCUCUCACAUUCAAGUGCUUGUAAAUCACAAGGCAGCAGCUCUGGAAACGAUUCCAAGGAAGGAAUCCGUGCUGGAAAGAAAUUCUUAAUGGAAUCUGUGCUAUAAAGAUAUUCCUAAUGAAUCAGUGCUGGGGAAAAUUCCUAAUGGAAUCUGUGCCAGAAAGGAAUUAAAUCAGAGCAAAUGCUAAUUUAUUUUUAAAUUGUAUGAAAUGAACUUGAUACUUGUAAUUUGUAUUGUCACAAUUGAGGGACAUUUGGAGAACAUGAACUAUUUGUGUAUUUAUUUGUAUUUAAUGCAUUUUUAUUGUUGACAGAUAUUUGCCAUUAAUAUCUUGAUAUCUUUGUGAUGACUAUUGGGCAUUUUGGCAAUUAGGGCAGCACUGUAGGCUUGCUUCUGGUGGGGGAGGGGCGUGGCUUAUCUCCUUGUUGUGGAGGGGAGGUCACUCCUGAAGGAGUUUGAAAUGCAGCCAGUCUGAUGUGUUUUUGAUAACCUGCUCAUUUUAAUUGACAGCUUUAUUCACAUAUCUAGCCCAUGUUAAUGUCAACUGUUGGUUAAAAUUUUGUUUAGUUUUUGCAUUUGUGCAAUAGAAUUUUGUAUUUGAUUGCAAAUAUUGUAAUUACUGGGGCAUGCUUUUGUGUUCAAAAAUAUAAAAAUGAAUGUUUUUGUUUAAAAAAUUCUAUGAGUCAAAAGAUAUGAAAAAAUUAUGAUUUUUGAAAAGGUAUUAAAAAUAACUGAUGGACAUUGUAAUUUUGGUCUCAAAUUAGAAAUUAUGAUAUUUAGAGAGGUUUAGUUAAGAAGAAAUUUUUCAGCAAUUAACAUCAACCCAGUUUAUAAUGUGAUAUUUUUACUGAAAUAUUUUAAACUGUGUGAAUACAGCUGUGACAUUGGUCUGGUUGACUUCUCAAAAGGAAUGUUUGAUGGAGUGUAAGGUGUGUACUAGGUGAACAGAUAGAAUAUACAGAUAGGAUAUACAGGGUGUUACGGUACCGGUAAAGUGCUGGGGGGGGGGGGGGGGGGGGGCAAAUCAAUGGCCGGUACUUGUUGCUCUUAUUGAACCUGUGUUGGAAGGGGGCAUGGAAUUACAAUUAUAGGAAUGCCAAGGUCUGCUUUCUAUUUUAGACUUGAUAACUUGACUUAGAAGGAAUGAAAAGUUUUUUUCUCAGGAAAAAAGUUUAAAUAGAGGGGGGAGCGUUAGCUGGAAGAGUGUAAAUGACAAGGUUAAUUUUAGGCAGUAAUAUACAAAUGUGUCUAGGUAAAAACAGAAACUACAAACUGGUUUGUUAUGGCAGGGAUAUGAGAUAUUAGGGAGAUAUUGAGAUUGUUAACCAACACCAGUCGUAAGCUUUCACAUGUUCAUAUGUCAGUAAAUUAAUUAACCGAUGUUUUACUGUGCUAGGGUGUUAAUUUAUUAUGACGUUAUUUCAAUGUUGGCAACAGUGAAGAGAUAUCAUGCAGAGUUAUGUUUCUUGGUACUGUUGUAUACAUUGAAGUACUGAUUAAUUUUAACAAAACUCGGCAGCAUAAUGGUUUUUUUCUGUUGUUGACAAGGUCUGUACAGAUAUAAUUAAGGAGGCAUAUGUACAGACGAAGUAUUUUUAUGAUGAUAAAAAUGUUAAAAAUACCAAUUUAAAAAAAUAAUAAAAUAUUGAGAAAAUUA